AUCAUUUGCUUGGCAGUCUUUUUCUACGAAACACAUAUCGGCGGCGCAUAAACUCUAGUCAUUACAUUUACUAUCACUUAUCAUAGGAAAAUGUGGCCCCUUUUCGAUUUAGAACAAGAAUAUGCCAAACAUCCCCACAUUGAACGUGAGGAAGUCCAGAAACUUCAUCAAUGGCUAAGAGCUCAGCCCCAUAUGCCAGAGUUAUGGGAACAUGAGGUCCUUAUCUUCUAUCAUGCUUGUCAAUAUCAAAUGGAAUACUCGAAGCAAGUGAUCGAGGACUACUACACAUUUCGUACUCAAACGGAAGAAUUCUUUGACAAUUUGGAUAUUAACUCGGCACAAAUGGUUCAAGCCCAGAAAACAGUAGCUGUAUGUCCUUUACCAAAUACUACACCCCAAGGACAUUGCGUUCUAAUUGGCAAACUGUUGGAUACGGAUUCAGCUAAUUUUAAUCUAGCUGGUGCCCUUAAACUAUUGUUUGCCCACCAAGAAAUUUUGAUACAAGGCACUCAACUUUAUGCAGGCUGUGUGGUAAUCCUUGAUGUAUCCGGAUUAACAUUUGGUCAUAUUGCUCGCCUGAGUCUAAUGCAAGUAAAGAAGAUCAUAUAUUUCUUGCAGGAAACUGGACCGAUUCGCCUGUCAGCCAAACACUUUGUUAACCCUUCUCCCAUUGUGGAAAAACUUUUGAGUCUGAUCAAUCUUUUCAUCAAAAAGGAGCUGAAAGACCAUUUAGUGGUGCACUCAACUAUGGAUAGCUUGUACAAGCAUAUACCACGCCCUAUUCUACCUAGGGAUUAUGGGGGUGAUGAUUUAUCUAUAGCCGAGCUGGCAACAAAUGUCUAUGAAAAAAUUCGCAAAUAUCGCCUGGAUGUCAUUGAAUACAACAACAAUAGGCGAGUUAAUGAAAAGCUACGCCCAAAAGCAAGGAACAACACUUUUGUGCGCAUGUGGCAAAAUGUUUGGCAAACAAAGUGAUGUUAUAUAAAUAAUUUUAGUUAAAUUUAAAAAAAAAAUUGUAUAGAAGUCUAAGACUCAAAUUCUAAUACCUA